AUGACAAGUGUGGAAAGGCUGUCAUUGCAAAGAGUUCCGACAAAUGUCUACCUGAGUCGAGGCGCAGCCGAAGAAGAAUCAACAAGCCCAGAAAGCGGUGUGAAGGAACGCGGAGAGCGCGAGAGGGGGGUGCGGGACGGGGAGGGGGUCGAGGCCGAGUCGCGCUCCGCGUCCCCCGCGUCCCGCGCCUCCCCCGCGCCCGACGAGCGCGACAUCGAGCACAGCAUACCCGCCACCCUGAUACAAGACCCUCAUGCUGAAAGGGAGAGUCCGAGAUGUUUGUCGCGGGAGUCGUCAGGCGCGCCGCGAUGUCCCUCGAACGACUCGGUGUACUCGGGUCGGAGCGCGCCCAGCCUACCUCUGCCGGCCGCGCUAUCGGCUGCCCUACCGGCCGCGUUACCAGCCGCCCUACUGCCGCCACAUUCAGCCGCGGUCGCCGCCUACCUAGGCGCCGCCGCAGCUGCCGCCCAGCAACGGCUACUCAUGUCCUGCCAGGAAGACAUGACGGACUCCGAGAGAUCCGACGCCGUUCUCGACUUCAGUACGAAGCGAAGCGAAUCUCCUAACGACGAUGAGGACGUCGACGACGUCGUCAAUCUUAGUAAGAAUGAAAACGGUCCACUAGAUCUGUCGGUAGGCACAAGGAAAAGAGGUCCGGAAGAUUCACCGUCACCCGUCCCUACCAGAAAGAGCUCAAGGUCGUCAGACUUUAAACCGAUCACGACUCCCUGGACUACUCCGGUAGCGCCACAUCUACCUUACUUUGCGGCUGCCGUUGCAGCUGCUAGCUUGUCGCCUAAAGGCGGCGUGCCAGCCGACUGGAACGGUAAAAUGAAACAUGGCACACCAACGCCAAGCGAUGCGUCUAAAGCUCUUGAAAAGAUGAGCGAACUGAGUAGGUUAGGUGGCGAGGAGCUGUUCCGAUCAGUUCAGAGUGCAGCUUUAAGCGCAGGACUCACACCUAACGCUGCUGCUCGUCACUCUGCUUGGCAGUCGCACUGGCUGAACAAAGGAGCAGACCAGACUAAAGACGUCUUAAAAUGCGUUUGGUGCAAAAAGAGCUUUAGCUCAUUAGCCGAUUUGACUGUUCACAUGAAAGAAGCGAAGCAUUGCGGCGUCAGCGUUUCUGUCCCACCAUCAACUGGCGCGCCCUUACCUGCGUCACUUCAGCCACCUUCGAGCUCACCUUCGACGCCAUCUCAUAAUUCGUCCUCGUCGAGUGGAUCGUCUAAGCCGAAUCACAAUGACUUAAACAUGUUAAUUAAAGAAAAUAUGCCUAUACCUAGAAAACUAGUUCGUGGUCAAGAUGUCUGGUUGGGAAAAGGAGCCGAGCAAACUAGGCAAAUAUUGAAGUGCAUGUGGUGCGCUGAGAGUUUCCGCUCGCUGGCCGAGAUGACUAGUCACAUGCAACGUACUCAACAUUAUACCAAUAUUAUAUCUCAAGAGCAAAUAAUUUCAUGGAAGUCUUCAGAUGAAGCUAAGGGUUCCAAUGCAAGCGCACCCGGCGCCAAUAAUGCUGCUCCCCCUACCACUGGUACAAGCAGUCACGUUAGCGCUGUAUUAACCUGUAAAGUUUGCGACCAAGCAUUUAGUUCUUUAAAAGAACUGAGCAAUCACAUGGUCAAAAAUGCUCAUUAUAAAGAGCACAUUAUGCGUUCUAUAACUGAAAGCGGUGGUAGGAGACGUCAAACGCGCGAAAAGCGAAAGAAAUCUUUACCGGUUAGAAAAUUACUUGAACUAGAAAGGGCGCAACAUGAAUUUAAAAACGGGGAAGGUAAUGGUGUUCCUAUGGGAAAACCAAUUAGGGACUUCGGUGCUGGUAGCAGAAUAACUUGUGAAAAAUGCGGUGAUAAAAUAGAGACUGCCGUUUUCGUAGAGCAUAUUCGUCAAUGCAUAGGGGCGCCCAUGUCUAAUAGCCAAAGGAACUUUUUAAAAAGUGCACUCCUUUCUAAUAAUAUCAUCCCGCCUGAUGUCCCCGGCCAUAUCACUCCCACUAGCCGUGAUGGGCGUAAGAGUAUCAAUGAGGAAAUUCCCUCUCCUGGUUCUGCACAUCAUCGUUCUCCCUCUUCGAUUAAUGAUUCCUCACCCAGUUCCAAAGAUAACAAUACGAGCAACGAUAAAAGUUCUUCGCCGUCUGUUCUCAAUGCAAUCGAACAAUUGAUAGAAAAAAGUUUCGAUACUCGCUCGCGGCAUUCGGUGCCUGGUAUGCCAGGCGGAGCGUCACACGCCCCAAUCGGCUCGAGUAUUUUGAAAAGAUUAGGUAUAGAUGAGAGCGUAGAUUACACUAAGCCACUCGUAGAUGCGCAAACAAUGAGUAUGUUAAGGAAUUACCAUCACCAGCAGGGAUACGGUCGUCGAGAACGCAGCGGUAGCGAAUCUAGCUCCAUGUCAGAAAGGGGAGGUAGUAGGGUCGAAUCUUUGACCCCCGAUAGGAAGUUAGAUUCUUAUCACAUGACCCCACGUACUACUCCCGAUACACGCGGUUCUCAGACUCCUGCUUCUGAGGACCGUCCCACAGAUGUUAGGAUAAAGAAAGAAAUUACCGAUGAUGAAGAGCGUGAAAAUGGCGUAGAUUUAAGCAGCCAGCCGGUCAGGGUUAAGACUGAGAUAGAUGAUGAGGAGGAGCAAGCGAGACCGUGCAGCGCGACCGAAGAAGACAUUAAACCACCCGUCCCUAAGCGUGAGAGCGAGGGCCUGAGUCCUUCAGCGAGUCCUCGCAGCCCAGGUAGUGAUCGUUCCGCGCCGACACCGGGCGCUGAUAGGAAACCGGCUUCAAGUUUAGGUGCACUCUCCUCUAUGUUCGAUAGCCUCGCUGGUGGUGGUUCGUCUAACGAGCCGAGCUCCUCUCGUCGCAGCGGCAGCCACCCUCUAGCGGCCCUGCAGAAAUUAUGCGAUAAAACUGAAACCAAUUCUUCUCGCGCUCCCGCCCCGGCUCCAUCGCCAGCCGGUCCGCCCAGCAUCUUAACUUUCAGCUGGGCUUGCAAUGACGCGGUAGUGACCGACUCCAUUAUGAAGUGCGCUCUUUGCGACACGCCUUUUAUUUCAAAGGGUGCCUACCGGCAUCAUCUUUCUAAGAUGCACUUCGUCAAAGAUGGUGCUUUGCCCGAUCCGGUUCCGGUGAAGGCUCCGCCAGCGGCUGCCUCGCCUGGGGCACACAAAAGUAGUGGCUCGAACGCUGCUUCCCCGCAGGACCCGCGCAGCCCCUCGCAAUCCUUCGAAGAAAGUCCCCACUCUAAAUUUCUCAAAUAUACGGAACUGGCAAAGCAGCUAUCAAGCAAGUACGUGUAG